AUGGACAAGGCACCAGCCAAGACGGGUUGGGCCGCCUGGAGCGCAAAGAAAAAGGCCACGAUCAUCUCGAUCAUUGUGGUGAUCCUCGUCGCCUUGGGCGUUGGUCUGGGUGUCGGCUUGCAUCACGGGACCGGCGGCGAGGACGAAGGGAACGGCGGCAGUGGGAAUGGAGGCACUGGCACCGGUGGAAAUGGAACCACCACCGGCAACGGCACGGUGAAGUGGCAGCCCGCAGUGGGCGUGAAAUGGCAGAUUGUCCUGCUGGGUGCUCUCAACGAUACCUCCGUCGACGCUGACGUCUACGACAUCGAUUUAUUCGACAACAACAGGACCACCAUCUCCACGCUGCAUGAUCUCGGUCGCAAGGUGAUCUGUUACUUCUCUGCAGGGACGUACGAGGACUGGCGACCCGACGCGAAGCAAUUCGACAAGGCUGAUCUGGGCAACGCACUGUCGGAAUGGCGGGGCGAGAAAUGGCUCAACACCAAUUCCGACGGUGUGCGCAAGAUCAUGCAGACUCGUCUCGACAUGGCCGUGACCAAGGGUUGUGACGGAGUCGACCCAGACAACAUCGAUGCCUACGAUAACUCCAACGGUCUCAAGUUGACCGAAGACGAUGCCAUCAACUAUGUCAACUGGCUCGCCGGCCAGGCGCAUGGCCGGAACCUGUCGGUCGGUCUGAAGAAUGGCGGGAGCAUCAUUGACAAUGUCCUCCCCAACAUGCAAUGGUCUGUGAACGAGCAGUGUGCGCAGUACACAGAAUGCGACACGUAUGCGGCCUUUACGGACGCGAACAAGCCCGUCUUUCACAUCGAGUACCCCAAGGGUAACGACGAGAACAAUAACAAGGAUGUCACGACCGCGCAAAAGUCCACCGCUUGCAAUGCGGCCAGCGCCGGCAACUUUUCGACCGUCAUCAAGAACAUGGACUUGGACAGCUGGGUGGAGUACUGCUCAUGA